UUGUGGUGGCGGCAUUGGCGGACGUCACGUGAACAUGCAGCUCAUGUGACAAGGAAAAGUGAAAACAGGAACAAAAUGGCUGCAACGGGUGACGAAGCCGCAGCAAUGGACAGCAUUUCCAAGGCACCCGCGGUCCAGCCAGCGGCUCUGAACCCGGCUGGAAGCUCCGGCAGUCACGCAGAAGGACCAGAGGAUGCAGCGGAGAGCCUGGUGUCCGCUCCCAAAAAGCCCAGCACUAAUAGUGAUGGAGGUGUGGAGACAGCAGAGGAGGCUGUGGAGCCUGCAGAGCCAGAUAUCAACGAGUUGUGCACUGAUAUGUUUGAAAAGAUGGCUCUGUUCCUGCAAGGAGAACUCACAGGAACUUGUGAAGAUUACCGGCUGUUGGAGAACAUGAACAAGCUUACUAGUCUAAAAUACAUGGAAAUGAAGGACAUCAGCAUUAACAUCAGCCGUAACCUGCAGGAUCUCAACAACAAGUAUGCAAGCCUCCAGCCCUACUUAGACCAAAUAAAUCAGAUUGAGGAGCAAGUGUCUACACUUGAACAAGCUGCUUACAAACUGGACGCAUACUCCAAGAAACUGGAAGCCAGAUUCAAGAAACUGGAGAAGCGGUGAGAGAGAGCAAGAGGCAGACUGAGAGUUACGUCGCCUUCUCAACUUCUUUCACCCUGCCUUGCCUUCUUCUCUCCUUGCCAUUGGAGGCAGGCACAGUGAGCAGGAAAUGAACUGAGACUGAAAUAAUAAACAGCCGAUGCCACUUUGACACCUAGAAUCAACCGAGGAGGAAGCAGCUGAAGGCACAUGAAUUAGUACUGCAGUGCUUGGCUUACAUUUAACUCCAGUAUCACUGAUUUUGGCAUCGGCCAUGCAGCCAAGCUGUAUGAGAGUGUAGGAUGUAUGUCCACAUUCUUUUACAGGGACACUUUUAUCCUAAUUGUAUUGUAGAAUCUGUUUAUUAAUCUACUAAAAAGAAAGAGCAGAUCAGCAGGAACUGGUUCAAAUGGAGUGUAUAACAACACCUGUCAUACAGUAUGUAGAUAAUUUACAUAAGGAAGCAUGUUUAAAGCUGUGUUUUUAAUAACAUCCCAGCCCUCUUACUCUGAUCAUGUAAGACAACCAACCUCUUGACUGGUAUCCACUAAUAAUAGACUGACAUGUAUGUAGGGAUUCUUUGUUGUUACACAUUUAUUUGUCCAACUUAGUGUGAACAGCAGCAUAAACUGGUUAACUUAUAGAGAGUUCGCCACUAUAAAAGCCAAUGUGUAGAGGGCAUCUGAAAAUCACACUAUGUCUGGAUAAUGCGUUUGCAGUUUAAUAUGUAAUAAAUGUUUGAUAUGAAUGAA